GUUCCCUGCUAGGAAACCCCCAGAGGUCCCUUGCUGCGUCCGGCCAAGGGGAGCUGCUGGGGACCCAGGGAGCUGUGUCGAUUUGCUGUUUGUCCAGUCGCGUCGACCCCAAGCCUUCUGUGACGAACACCCAGGACACAACCACCAGCCGCACCAACCACCAAUGCGACGGCCCAGUGCCGCUCCCAAUCAAAAAUGCACAAAUGAUGGGCGUCUCGAACACGUCCUGACGUCUACACGUUCGCACACGGGCCUGGAGAGGCGACGAUCUGUUUCGAGACGGAGAAAUUCGUCCAAGAUUAACUGCCCUCUAUCACAGGCUGGCAGGCAGGCAGGCAGGCAUCAUCAUUCUGCCACCCACACACCAUCCUUCCAUUUUGGUCUGGGCUGUCUUGCUGUGGAUAUGCGCCCCGAGCACGCGAGGAUGCGGACCAUCAUCAAUCGACCCCAGCCUGCCAGCUGAACUUGCCUUGGUUACAGGUACAGUGACACACGAGCAUAUGUUUGUCCUGUUUAAUAUACACAUCCACCCAGCUGCCGUCGUCGUCCACACAGACAGUAACACAAAUACGUACCCACCCACCAGCACAUUGCCGGCCUGUUUGUGCAUCUUGUCCAUCAUCAUAUUCAAGUCUUGCAAGGCAUCACCCACCCUGUGUGUGCUGGCCACAGCCAUUGCCCGUCUUGUGUCCAGUCUUACUUCUCCUUCUCGCACCCUCACUCCCAAUCCUCGAGCCGAACUCUUGGUCCUCGAGCCCUCGAGCCGCGCACUUCAUCUUGACGAGUGUGUGACGGGUUUCCAAGUUUCUUUCUUGUUCCUGGAUUGCUUUUUAACUUGACACAGCACACCACACCACAGACCCUUCUUCUUUUGAGUUCUGCCGCACCCAGCACCCGCAAUUCCGCCACCUUAGUCCCAUUCUGAUCAGAUCCUCCGGGCCUAAGACACGUUGGACCCGUGCCGUCGGUUCAAACCCCCUACAUGCGUCUUAGGCUGAGGUACGAAGUACAGCUCUCUCUGCAGCCCUGGCCUGGUCUGCGACAAUCCACACACCCAGAACACCCUCCUAUGACAACAAUCACGCCCAUCCAUUACAUAGCCGCCCUCCCAACCCGGUCCGGAUCUUCGCAGUCUGCCCCAGGGUGGUUGUGACGGCCGUCAGCCAGCAUGUUUGUCCAUCCUCACCUGUCCACAACACAGGGCGCUCUGUUCCAUUCCAGCAAACGUCCACGACGACAUACUACUGAACAAACCUCGAACAGCAGAAAUAAUACCGUGAGAUUUCCACAGAACGCUCGCCUCGACCAAAACCAGCAGCAGCAGCAGCAGCAGCAGCACCACCACCACCACCCGACUGCGAGGGCGACGUUCCCCACACCAGCGGCAAGCAGUCUGCCCAGACCGGCGCCGCGUAGCGGCCACUACUACGACAUGCCAGUGGACAGCAACUCCAUUUCCUACAUUUCUGCCGUCGCCGCGGCUGCACGAAACCUCUACCGCCGCGCAAAAAUAUCCGGCCCUGAGUUUGCCGAAAUCGCAACUGCCGUGCGCCCUCUGCACUCGGUCCUGAAGCAUCUGCGCGCCGAGGCAGAGGACGCAGACAGCCUCCUGAACAGCGACGGAUACGAAUCCUCCGUCUAUGCCCGCCAGCUCACCCCGAUAGUCGAGGACACCGACUUCACCCUCAAGCAGCUCGACACCAUCCUCGAGAAAUAUGGCUCCUACCCCAGCGACGGCGAGAGCCCCGAAGGCACCCGCAGGGAACGCGCAAACACCAGUGCCAAGCGCAUGGAGGACCGCGAGAGGGACAUGGUCGCCCUGAUCAGGACCAAGCUGGCCAACCAGAAGACCAACAUCGACAUCUUUCUGGACACGGUGCAGCUGCACAACCCCACGAGGCAGCACAAGCCCGUCGACCUGGAGCACGCAGACGGCCAGCAGAUGGACAAGAUCAAGGACAAGGUCGAUGUCGUAGCUGCACGUCUGUUCCAGCGCAGGGCCAGGGCCCUCGCCUCAGGCGAUGCUGCCCAGGAGAGCGAGGACCAGAUGUGGCAACAAUUCUGGGCCGAGCUGGUCAAGGAGGGCUUCUCCAGUGAUGUCCUCCGGAAGCACAAGGAAGUACUGCGCGCUUACAUCCGUGAGCUGGACUCAAAUGGCUACCUUGAUGACAAGCCGCCGUCGAUGCGUGGGCUUCUAGACCAGCAGCUGCCCCAGCCCUAUCCGGAAGCGCCCGCAUUCGGUGCUCGCCAACCGCAGCAGUAUGGCUCGUCCCCCCUGCCCCCGCCAGUCGAGAUCACCCCGGCCUCGUACCCAUCAAACCCCCAUGCCGAGACCAUGUCUCCCAAGGAGAUGGUCUCGCCCACCAUGGACAACGAGAAGUUCAUGCCCAGCGUGAAGCUUGAGCGGCGCCAGCCGGAGCAGUGGCCCGGUCCUGGGGACAACCCUUCACCAACCAGGCCGUCUUAUAACCCUUAUAUCCCGCAGACACAGGGCCAACAGGGCCAACCGGGCGGGCCACCUCCACCACCAACGAGCAUGCCGGUGCAGACGUCCUUUGAGCGCUAUUCGUCCGACUCGUGCUCGGAUUCCGGCUCAACGGACUCACAGCAGCUGGCCCUCAUCUCCACCAAGGACCUCAUGGCACUGGAUCGGAAUGAAACUGACAACCUCUCGGCCCGCAUGGGCGGACUCGGUCUCUCGCCGGCCAUGUUACCCACAACCCACGGCGUCUCCCCAGGCACAUCACCCAACAUGCGAUAUCUUCCGCCGCCCGUCGCCGCCCUUCCGUCUGACCACUCGCUCAGCUCGUCGCCGCGAUACGUCCCGUCCCUACCUGGGUACCCGAGCCCGACAUCUUCCACAAUGACUCCGCCUCCCCCUUACGCCUCCCCAAACCCCCAUACCGCCGCUCCGAUCCCCUUUCCCUCCUCAGCGCCAACAUCGUCGGCCCCGGGCUUCCCACCACCACCGACAUCGUCGGCACCGCGGCAGCAGCGUUAUUCCCGCCUCGCACCAGACAGCGUUGGCAAUGAGAUCCCCCUCGAAGCUAAAUGGACCCGGAUCAAGCGGAGCCUGGUAUCGACUGAGGUCCUCACAAAAGCGGGCGUGCGCUACGAGGCAAGGCCGGACUUCGUCGCCGUGCUUGGUGUCUUGACCAAGGAGCAGAUCGCCGACUACGCGAGGAAGUCGGCAGCCCUGAGAGCAGGCCGGGGCAGGGGCUACUCGGACCCCAAGUAUCGGCCGUCUGCCUACUACCCCGAAGAGAAACGAAACACCAACGGCAGGCGGCACCUCCAACACUCCGACUCGGACAGCGAGACAGACUCGGAUGAUGUCAUCUGGGACGAGUCGGACACGACCGACUCGGAGUCCCGCGACCGGUCGGGCGCCAUGACGGACAAGUACAUCCCCCGGGAGCACCGCCGCCGGCGAAACAGGAGGGCCUCGACCAACUCCACCAUCCAGGAGGAGCCGGAGCCCGAGGACAAGGGCGGCGACCACAAGGGCCACCGGGUCUACCCGAUCAUCGUCGAGAAGACAUCGCCGGCGGCCGUCACCCAGCCCAAGCCCAUCCUCAAGAACCGCAACGAGAACCACGUCCGGUUCGACGAGGACGGGCCCAGGGAGUACUCCCAGGAGGAGCUGGAGAAGGAGAGGGAGCGCAAGGAGCGCAGGGAGCGCAGGAGGGCCGAGAGGGAGAGGGAGGGCGAGCGACGCCGGAGGGACCGCGACAGAGCACGCGAGCGCGAGCGUGAGCGCGACCGGGACCGCGAUAGGGACCGUGAGCACCGCGACCGCGAUUCCACCACCCGCGAGCGAGAGCGGGACAGGCAGCACCGCGACCGUGAUCACCACGACCGCGAGCGCGACCGCGACCACCACCCGUCGUCGUCAUCGUCGCACUACCGCCCUCGUGGUGGCGAGCGGGAGCGGGAGCGGGACCGCACGGCCGACCGGGAGCGGGACCGCGAGCGCGAGGAGGCGCGCGACAAGCGCCGCGCCAAGAAGCGCGCCUGGGGCGAGACGCUCGGGGCCGUCGGGAUCGGCGGCGCCGCGGCAUCGCUGCUGGGCGUCCUCACCGAGGCUGCGUCCGGGCUGUGAUGAGAUGAGAAGAGAAAUGCGACCAUGGUUGCGCUGCGCUGCGCUGUGUUUGCUCCAGACCAUGUAUGUGGAUGACAUUGUAUGGAUAAUGUGUGUUGUUGAAGAAGGGGUGGAUGGAUCGAUGUUUGUUGUACGAAGUAAAGAGAAGCCAUGUAAUAUGUAUAAAGACGGGAAAGGAAAGAAAGGAAAGGAAGGGUUUCACGACGAAUGAACGAGCGGACGAACGGAAUACAGUACAGAGGGUAACGCAUGUGUGUAUGCGAGAAAACAAACACAUGGGAUGGAAUUGCUUCUCUUUGGGCUGGCUGGAACGGAGAAUCUGGAAGGGAAGGGAAAGAAAGAUACCACUGGCUUUCACGAAUGUCUGUCUGUCUCCUUCGUUGUUCUUGGUUUCUGUUUCUUUUUACAUAUAUACCCCCAAUGGUCUGUCUGUCUGCCUGUCUGAUUGAAUUGAACUUUUGUGUUCCUAUCUACAUAACUAUCUUGAAACCAAUCUGAUGCUGCCAC